UACGGUUUCAUUCCAUCCCAACCAGCCAGCGGUGUCGGUACUGCUUCUCCGAAGCCUGCAGCGCGCACACCCUUCGCAUUCGCAUUUUUCGUCGUCGUCGUCGUCGGUCAGGAUACGCGCGCGCUUUUGGAAGGCGAGAUUUUUGAAGGUGCGAACUCUACAACCGUCGCUUUAAAACAGAGAGCAGGCAGUGUGUGUGUGUGUGUGUGUGGACGUGUGUUUAAUGGACAGAGUGUGGGCGAAACACAGUGACUGUUUUUAAUUUGGAAGUGGUGGGAAAAGAAGUUGUUUAUCUUGUUGCUGAAAAGAAAACAAAAAAGCCAGUGCGUGUGUUUGUGCUCUCGUGGAAGAUAAGCCAGCGGAACGCUCUGUAGACGGGAGGCGACCGGGUAUCAGUGACCAGUGCAGUUGUGUUCCCUCCAUCUGUUCCUAACGCGACGAGUACGGAUACGACCGCAAAUCGGCAAAAACCACUGCCACCGGGCUGGACCACAAGCAACAAACUUCUCUACUAUCAACAAAAACCAACCGAGCUGUGCCGCUUUUGUGAUAACCGUGCCCGUCCACCGGCAUCUGCGUGCGUGCUGGAGAAAGAGGCUGCAGGCUCCGCUGCUGAUGCUUUAAUGCUUUUCUGCGUGUGAAAACAGUGCUUCCCCCGUAACACAUCUCGAUAAGCGGCGCUGCUACUGCUAGAUGUUGAGAGCGAACUGAGUGUGGAGCGUGUUACUGUGUGUGUGUGUGUGUGUGUGUGUGGACGGACUAAUCGUAACUCGGCGCGCAAUCAAAUCGCAACGCAAACACCUGCUGCUGCCACGAUGAUGAACGAUCCGGCCGCCCUCGGGAUGAUCCCGUUCGAUACGAUCGGGCUGUACGAGCAGCCCAAGCCGCGGUUCAUCUUCAAGAUGCCGCGCGUCGUGCCGGACCAAAAGUCCAAGUUCGAGAGCGACGACCUGUUCAAGAAGCUGAGCCGCGACAGCGAGGUCCGGUACACAGGGUUCCGCGAUCGCCCGAUCGAGGAGCGGCGGGGCCGCUUCCGGGCCGGCUGCUGCGAGGGCCACACGGAGGUGUCGUUCGCCGCCACCGGCAUCAACCUGCAGCUCGUCUUCAACCCGAACCACGGCCUCUACCACCACCCGCACCAUCACCACCAUCACCAUCCCGCCCAUCUCGGGCUGGAGAAGGAGUGUGACUUCGACAAGGAGCACGGCAAGGUUCACAUUAAAUCGCACUUCAUCAUGAACGGUGUGUGCGUGCGCUUCCGGGGCUGGCUCGAUAUGGAGCGGCUGGACGGUAUCGGCUGCCUGGAGAUGGACGAGAAGCGGGCCGCCCAGGAGGACGCGAUCCUGCGGGAGCAGCUCGAGCGGUACAACCAGCGGCUGCGGGACUUCGAGGACAAGCAGCGCACCUACCAGCGCACCACGCAGGACGAGUUCGAGCAGAUGCGCCGGAACGGGUCCGGCAUGGGGGUGGGCGUGACGGCCGGCUCGUCCGGCAUGUGGCGGCGAUAAAGUGCCAACCCGGUGGUGGAGGAGCAAGAAGAAGAAAACACGGUGGUUCCCAAUUCCCCCCCCACCCCAUAUCCUUCCCCCCCUCCAAACGCUGCCAAUGAGACGGGCGUGUUCUCGCUGCAUGUGCGUGUGUGCGUGUGUGUGUGUGUGCGUCUCUCUCUCUCUUCGUGGAGUUGGGGUGAGUUAAGAGAAGAAGAAAAAAGCAGAAGCAACAAAAAAAACAACCCGCUUAUCUUGCUGGAGAGCACAGCAAGCACGAGCCACGGCAGGGGCAGGGUUACUCGCUGUUGUGGUGUGUUUUGUUCUUUCCUUCCGUUUCCUUUUGUGCUUUGUUUCCCUUGUCCGGAAGUGUUUGUAUAUUGUACAUUUGUAAAUCAAUCUGUGUUAUGGAUUAUUAGUUAUGUGUCCUUCCCGCCCCUCCCGCUUCCGUCCUACCGUUAUCCCUUUGCGAAACACGCACACUCCUUUCCUCGUACACCUGGACGUGUACAGUGUCAAAUGGAGAAUCGCAGCCUGCGGAAACAAAGAGAGAGAGAGAGAGAGAGAGAGAGAGAGAGAAAGAGAGAGAGAGAAAGAGCAUGUGUUUGCUACUGUGUAUGUGUGUGUAUGUGUGUGUGUGUAUUGUAUUUUGUUUUUAUGUUCACCAGCAAGAAACAAAACAAAAACAGUAAUGCCUCCAAAAAGAAGACCAAAAAUGUCCGAGAUGGAAAGGGGAGGGAGGGAGGGGGGAGGCGCAAUACAUUAGAUAUAAGAUAGGGGAAGAGAGAUAGAAGAUGAGCCUGUUUGCCAUAAAGGUGUUUUUUUUGUUGUUUUUAGUGAAAUGGUGAUCGUUUUAAUGUGAAUAGCUCCAACCGGCAACAAAAUACGACACUUGCGCGCGCACACACACACACACACACACACACACACACUAUUUUUUAGCCCCUUCCACCUCCCUCCCCACUACGUCCGUUUCUAUCUUUAUUAUCCCGCUGCUCCCCACGUGUACGUGAGAAUGCCAAAACAAGUGAAAGUAGUGAAAUAGUUUAAAUGAAACGUGUUUUGCAGAUGAACGUUUAAAGCAGGUAGCGCGAGCAGGAAAGAGAAAGGAAGAAAACAGCGAUAGAAAAAAAGGCCAAUCUGGCCUGUCCGAGGCGGAACGGCAAGGUGUACAUAGUAACUAUUAAGCGGGGCGGUAAAAAAAAAUCCAAUUGACGUAAAACGAACAAAGCUACGAGCGAGAGAGAAAGAGAGAGAGAGAGAAAAUGAAAAGAGAAAGAUGUUUUAAAAUACAGGGCUCAGCCGGGGGUUUGGCAAGCCGGGAAGGAAAACAAGCGAAACAAGCUAAAAUUAUAAUAAAAAACAAAACACACACCCACACCCUCGAGAGAAAGAGAAACAAAACAGAAGAACGGUUGAGAUUGCACAACUAAAAGAAACUUAUAAACAACACACAGACACACACAUAAAAAAAACACAAAACCUACAUACUAGAAGGAACAAAUCGAUUAGUAGACAAAUGAAAUCUUUCUCUUCUUUUGAAAAACAAAAAGCAAAACAAGCAAAACACAUCGUGUGAAACAAGUCAGUAGAACAGAAAGCCAACAAAACACGAACCUAAUAACCAAAAGUAAAGUUUGAAAAAACAAAAUGAAACAAAAACAAAGAUGAAGAGAAACUAAACUGACGAACAAAACGCUAAAAAAAAACAACUACAUAAAAUACAAAUACAAAACAAAACACAAAUCAUUUUGUUUGAAGUAUAACUUAAUUGCUUUGGUUUUGUUCUUCCGUUUUACACUGUACAGUGUGUGUGUGUGUGCGUUUCUUGAUUCUGUUUUGCGUUUGUUUUGCUUUACACCCUGUUCGCCCCACCUCUCAGGAUGAGCCAGGAUGCGUACAUAUAUGAUAUAGAUCAAUGUGUUUGUGUGUAUGUUGUGUGUGUGUGUGUUUUACUUUUUAUUUAAUUAUUAACUCGUUACCCGCACACAGGAAGCACCCGCGCUAGUUUGUAAUAAUAUUAUUCUAGUUAUUAGUUGCCUGCGGAACACCAGAACACGAUAAAACAAAAUAUAUUUUAUAUAUUUGCCUUUUGAAAACCACCGGCGGAUUUGGGUUUUUGUUUGUUUGUUUAUUUCCGUUGUUUUAGUUGUUGUUGUUUUUUUUUUUUUU